AUGGGAAACAAAAUAUCUCGUCGAAUUAUAAAGAGAAAAAAAUCUACACGAACUAAUUCAUCUAGAGAAUCAAGUACAAUUUCAUCUAGAGCUAGCAGUUCCAAUCUUCAAUUAACGCCGCAAUUGAGGACUGUAGCCGGUCGACCUUAUUUUGAUGAAAGCUUUUCCUCUUAUAUUUAUCCUGCAGAUUGGGAAGAAGCUGAUAGAAUUCAAGCGCUUCAUUUCGUUCUGAAACACAUAUUUAAUGGAAAUUACUCACAAGAAUUUCCCGAAGCAGAUGUCUAUGGCAUAGACAUAAUGUCAUCCUUUCCAAACCAGAUAAAACCUAAUAACUGUUACUUUCAAACAUGUGACAUACUUGAAGGUUUACCAUUUGAUGAUAAUGAGUUCGAUUAUGUUUUUAUGAGACAUAUGAAUGUAUCGAUAAAGAAAGAUCAAUGGCUGCCAGUAUUAAAAGAUAUAAAGAGAGUGAUGAAACCUGGUGGUGUUAUUGAAAGUGUAGAGCUUAAUUGUUUUCCAUACUCUACGGGUCCGGUUCAGACUCAAUUUAUGAAUAAAAUGAAUGAAGCAAUGAUCGAAGUUUUAGAUAUGGAUCUCCAAUUUAAGCUUGAACCGAUGUUUAAAGAUUUAGAAUUUCAAAAUGUAACAAGCAUUACGCCAGUGAUGAACCUAACCGAGGAUGAAUGGGAUCGGUUGCAAAAAAUAAUGUAUUUUGAAGAGAUUGAUAAAUAUCAUUCAUAUCAAGAACAUUAUAUCGUUUUGGCUACUAAAGAUAGUUAA